GGAAACCUGUGGACUGAUACAGUGCUCCGACAGCAUCCCUAAUAGACAGACAUGGCGGAUACCGGGAUAACAGUGGCGCUGAUCGCAGUGAUGAUUCAGAUUAUCUACGCCGCAAAAUUGACGCACGUCGAUAGUCACCCGCUUGCCGGAAAGGAAGCAAACGAAAACCCUCUUAAAAGAAUGACCGAUCCCUAUGCGAACAGCCGAGGAGGCGAUGAUUGUAACAAUUACGAAAUACAGUGCCGAGGUUGGGCGGCCACAGGCGAGUGUGACAGAAACCCGAUGUACAUGCAUAGAACAUGCCAGCAUGCAUGCGGGACGUGCGCCUGCUCCGACAACAAUGAACAAUGCGAAACCUGGGCAGGCAUUGGGGAGUGCAGCUUUAACCCGGGUUACAUGAUCAGUCACUGCCGGCUGUCCUGUGGCCGAUGUACUCGUAGUGGCUCUAACGGCAGACGUGACGUCACUAGGAACUUCGGUAACAGCCCACCCGGCACAAGAGACGACUCACGCAGACAAGUCAGGAAAGUUGGGCACAAUGGACCACCAGACACACGUGAAACAGGAUCAAUAUAAAUGGAACACGCGCAGAGAAGCGACACGAGCAUGGAACUACAUUUAAAAACUAUACUUGCAUAUGUAUAUAUUAUUAUACAUCAAUAAAAAAA